CACUUUAAAAAAGAAACAUUCUCAGGAGAAUCCACGAUAGAGAAGAGAGAAAGAAAGAAAGAAGAGAGAGGGCGAGAGAGAAGGAGAGGCUUAGUUUUUAGUUUCAAAGGUCACUCUAUUCAACUCUCAAGCUAUUGAAUUCUCAACCGUUGAUCUUUCAGAAUAGUUUGUUCGACGCUCCCGAUUCUCUCUUCUCUCACUGAUCUUCCCUCGGUAGUCUCUCCAGUUCGGUUGGUGAUGGAGCCUUUGGCUAUUUCUUCAUGAUUUGGAUUUGAAUUGGUGAUUGGGUGGCGGUUCCAUUGAUAAUUUGAUGAUUGAUCGGCACACAUAUAUCUCCCUCUUUCAAUUGGUGUCAGGCUGUGGCACCUGCUUGAGGGGGAAGAAUAAUCUCUACCGUGAAAUCACAGUUGUUGCGGGCCUUGAAAACAACAGGCUUUCGGAUGUCUCAGAAUUUUGGGAGUCCCGUUCAGACACAGAUGGUUGUUUCAGUUUUGAAUAGUCAUUGCGGUAUAGAGUAUCAUGGUGACUUAAGAACAAAAUCCACAGGGACAAGGCGAGUGUUUGUACAGACUGAUAAUGGAUGUGUUUUGGGGAUGGAGUUGAAUAGAAAUGACAAUGCUCGCACGGUGAAGAGAAGGCUGCAGCUUGCACUCAAUGUACCUACUGAUGAGAGCUCCUUGACAUUUGGAGAUCUUACGCUCAACAAUGAUCUCAGUGCCAUUCGAAAUGAUUCUCCUCUUCUUUUGACUAGGAAUGCCAUGCACCGGAGCUCAUCAACUCCAUGUCUUUCACCUACUGGAAAGGAUCAACAACAAAGGGAUCAGAGUGGUCCAAUUGAGAUAUUGGGAAGCUUGAGUUGCUUCCCUAGAACAAAUGAACUUAUUAAGGAUAUUUUUAAGGCUAUCAAGAAUGGUGUUGAUCCCAUCCCCAUCCAUAGUGGGCUUGGCGGUGCUUACUUCUUCAGGAACUGCAAAGGUGACAAUAUUGCUAUUGUUAAGCCAACUGAUGAGGAACCUUUUGCACCAAAUAAUCCCAAAGGAUUUUUAGGGAAAGCUCUUGGGCAGCCAGGCUUGAAACGAUCAGUGAGAGUUGGUGAAACAGGUUUUCGCGAAGUAGCUGCCUACCUUUUGGACUACAAUAACUUUGCAAAUGUGCCUCCAACUGUUCUUGUAAAAGUUACACACUCUAUCUUUAAUCUCAAUGAUGCUGUGGUGGGAAAUAAGCUUCACAAGAGGGAGAAAGUUAGCAAGAUUGCAUCUCUGCAGCAGUUCAUGCCUCAUGAUUUUGAUGCUGGUGACUACGGAACCUUAAGGUUUCCAGUCGCUGCUAUACAUAGAAUAGGGAUAUUGGAUAUCAGGAUCUUUAACACCGAUAGGCAUGCUGGAAACCUUCUAGUGCGGAAGCUUGGUGGUGUUGGGAGAUUCAGUCAAGUGGAGCUCAUUCCAAUUGAUCAUGGCCUUUGCUUGCCAGAGUGCUUGGAAGAUCCAUACUUUGAGUGGAUUCAUUGGCCUCAGGCUUCAAUUCCCUUCUCUGAGGAUGAGCUCGAGUAUAUAAAAAAUUUAGAUCCCCUUCAUGACUCUGAGAUGCUACGGACAGAGCUACCCAUGAUUCGAGAGGGAUGUCUCCGAGUUUUGGUACUCUGCACAAUAUUCCUUAAGGAAGCAGCUGCUUUUGGACUCUGCCUUUCUGAGAUUGGUGAGAUGAUGAGUAGAGAAUUUAGUUCCAAAGAGGAGGAGCCGAGUGAGCUCGAGGCUUUAUGCCUCGAGGCUCGGAGAAUCAUGAUUGACAGGGAGUUAUCAUACUUCGAUGGCAAUGGAAGAGAGGAACAAUGUCUGUUUGAUCUAGAUUGUGAAGAUGCAGAGUUUGAGAGUGGAGACAUUCCAUCUGAACUAGAGACUCUUGAAGAGGAACAAUGGAACUGGAUUCAAACAACUCCCAAAGUAUCCCAACCUGUUAACAUCCAUGAGAGAAGCUGGCCUCACCUCGAUGCAAAACCAGAAGAAAGUCAACUGAUGGGUUCCAUAUCUGAAAGCAUAAGAAGUGCAGAUGAAAAGCUAUCGAAUUGCCAAUGUUUCGUUAAGCUUGUUGAUAUGAAGGAAGGAGAAUGGAGUGUGUUUCUUGAACAGUUUAAGGAGCUGCUCCACCCUGCUUUCACCAAAAGAAGGUGCUCAACUAUUGGGUGGAGACAGAGACAGAGGCUUGGAACUUCAUGCAAGUUCUGAAUGAAUGGUUAAGGUUUUGCGUUAAGUAAAAAGGCAAAGAGUGAAGAAUAAAAUGUUGCGAGCAAUUCUAUAUGUUUACACUUUUAGUAUACAAUUUAAAUACAUAGAUGAUAUAUUAUUAUGUGAUUAGAUAUUA